UGGUAAUGUGAGAGAAGAGGUUGAGUGAAUAGUAUUUUGUUGGGACGCAACCGCGCGAGACGAUUGGUAACAAGGCCCUAUAUACUAUUGGUAACUGGUAACUGUGGAGUGUGGCUGCAUUAAUUUUGCAUUAAAAUGAGUAAAAUGGAGGAGCCACUGCAAUUUUUGCCAUUCUCCUCUGCUGUUGAGACUGGCUUUUGGCAUAAGCUAAGUCAGCUUAAACUUGAUGUGCUGCAUUUGAAUGAAGAACCAAUCAACAUCAAUGGAAACUAUUACAAUAAUGCAGUCCAAGGUCUGCCUGCACUAUUCAAUGUUGACUUCACAUCUUUUGAUAGCCGGCCUCCAGAGGCCCUCAGCUGUCCCGGGGUGCUCAUCAACCGCAACACUCGCGAGACGUUCAAGGAGUGCGACAAGGCCGAGCUGCUGCGGCAGCGUGGGGAGGAGGUGUGGAGCAGCAUCACCGAUGGCUCGGCGCUCUCCCGGCCCGAGCUGCUCAACCGAUGGCUCCUGAUCACAUUCGCCGACCUGAAGCGGUACGACUUCCUGUACUGGUUUGGGUUUCCUGCGCUCAAAUGUCCCUCGUCCAUAAUGACGAUGGAACCGCCUCAGUCGCUGUCCGAAGCGUUCACGGCAGAGCAGACGGAGCGCCUGUUGUCGCUGCUGCCGCCGGGAUCCCCUCCCGCCGCCGCUUUCCUGGUGCAGCUGGAGCCGGCGCUGGCCGUGCUGCCGCUGGCCCGUCUGACCAGCGCGCCGGCCGGCCGCUGGCUGCUGGCCUUCUGCGACCCCAGCGCUGACCGGCGACACCCCGGCUGGCCGCUGCGCAACCUGCUCGCUCUCUACUGGCACCACUGCGGCCGAGACCGGCCGACCGUGGAGGUCCUGUGCUGGCGGGACAUGACUCGCGGCGGCGUGCGCUCUGUCGGCCAUAGUCUGAUACUGAAGUUACGGCUUGCGACAGAAGAUGGCGCUGCGGACGCCGCGCCGGCCGUCACCGGCUGGGAGAGGAACGAGCGGGGCAAGAUGGGGCCGCGGAUGGUCAACCUGAGCUCCACCAUGGACCCGAAGGCUCUGGCGGCGUCUUCGGUGGACCUGAACCUGAAGCUGAUGCGCUGGCGGCUGGUGCCCGACCUGCAGCUGGACAAAAUGACGAACGCCCGCUGCCUGCUGCUGGGGGCCGGCACGCUGGGCUGUAACGUGGCCAGGACGCUGCUGGGCUGGGGCGUGCGCCACAUCACUCUGGUGGAUAACGGUACAGUGUCUUACUCUAACCCGGUGCGGCAGAGCCUCUUCACGUUCCAAGACUCGGUACAGAGGCGACCCAAAGCGGUGGCCGCUGCCGAGCGGCUCAAAGAUAUAUUCCCCGGAGUGAUCUCUGAGGGUGUCCAGCUGAGCGUGCCGAUGCCGGGCCACCCUGUGAGCGCCGCGCUGCUGGACCAGGUCACCACCACCGUGUCCCGGCUGAGGCAGUUGGUUACCGACCACGACCUGGUGUUCCUGCUGAUGGACAGCAGGGAGAGCCGCUGGCUGCCCACCGUGAUGGGCGCGGCGCACCAGAAGGUCGUAAUCACGGCGGCGCUGGGGUACGACUCUUACCUGGUGAUGCGGCACGGCAGUCGUCUACCGGGCCUGCCGUCUCCUGACUCCGCAGUCAGCUGUGACCCGCGCCAGAUGAUUGACGGCUCCGAGCUGGGCUGCUACUUCUGUAACGAUGUGGUGGCGCCGGGAAACUCGGUUCAGGACCGCACGCUGGACCAGCAGUGCACCGUGACCCGACCGGGGGUCAGUAUGAUCGCUGCGGGACUAGCCGUGGAGCUGGCUGCCGCCCUCCUCCAGCACCCACAACGGGAGCGCGCCCCUGUCUGCCCUGUGUCUGCUGAGGUAGCCGAGGCGCCGGCCGGCCCUCUGGGAGCGGUGCCACACAGUGUGCGGGGCUUCCUGGGGCAACACCAGCAGCUGACGCCAGCCACCAGGGCCUUCAACCGGUGCACCGCCUGCUCCAGCAAG